AUGGAUGAUUUUAACAUACAAAAAGAGUAUCACGCUCGUGCUACCCAAUAUAUUCGUCAAGCACUUGAAAAUGAUGAAAAAUCAGAAAAUCAUGAAUUAGCAAUUUUAUUAUACAAACAAGGUAUAAAAGAAUUGGAAAAAGCUGGCAGUCUUAUAAUUGAUUCAAAAGAUGAACGUGCUAUUGAUCUUAAAAAUAAGAUGAACAAGAACCUUGAGAUGGCACGUGAACGAGUUGAAAAACUACAAACAACUCUUCAACUGGACAAAAAUGAUCGCAUGUUGAAAAAUGCUUCGGGUGGACGAACCGGUGCUACAAAGAUUCAGUUACCAUCUAAAAAUUUUGUUACACCUCCUCGGACAGAAAAAAAAGCAGUUCCAUCAACAAGACCACGUACUGCAUCCGAUAAUGAUGCCGCGAAAGCCGCAGCUGUUUCACAAAAACGUCCACUAUUAAAAUUACCUAAUGUCGAACCUAAAUUGAUUACCUAUAUCCUUGACGAAGUGGUGGAAGACAAGCCGAAUGUCAAAUUUACUGAUAUCGCUGGUCAAGAGCGUGCGAAACGCGCCUUAGAAGAAGCCGUUAUUCUUCCUGUAUUGAGACCUGAGCUUUUUACUGGUCUUCGAACACCUGUUCGUGGAAUACUAUUAUUUGGACCACCGGGAAAUGGAAAAACAAUGCUUGUAUGA